GCUUCGCUGUAAUAUACGGGGUAGUUACGUGGGAAGAUGGACGCUUAAACGUUAACAGUGUUGACAUCAUAGUUCCGUCAUUAUCUGUUACCCGGAUGGACAUAACGGCUAACGGGCCAUCAGCAAACUUCUCUGUUCACACAGAGUGAAAAGUAUUGGAUUAUCAGGUCUUCUAAAGGAAGGUUGAAGACUUUUCAUCCUCUACCAGACGUUUGAGAACUUUCUGUCGGCCAUGGCUGCUUCAGUACUGGUGUUGUUGAUUGUCGGUGUCACCGUGACGCUUGCGGUAGAUCCUCAGGGAUGUACCUACGAUUCUACUCUCAAAGAGUAUACGUGCAAUGCCCGCAGCUGGUCGCCCCCUCUAGUGUACUCAGACUUCGACAAUGUACCACAGGUACUUAAACUGAUUGAAAUUGACGGAGCGCUUUCUUACACGGGUCCAGCUACAUUUAGUGGAUUCGAAAAUGUAAACACGGCAUUGUUUGAUGGUAACAUCGUGCCCGCUCUUCACAUACGAUGUGUCUCCGGCGGGUCGCUCAUCAUGUAUAACGGGACUUUUGCCAAUAUGGAUUGGGUGAAAGAGCUCCGGAUCUUUGAUUGUAUGAUCCUUUCAAUCCCUGAUGAUGUUUUCAGCAGUUUUGGGACCCUGAAUUAUUUCAGCAUUGAUGGAGGUUCUAUCAGCAACAUGGGAUUCAACUGUUUCAACGGGGUCAACAUAGAGAGAAUGAACAGCGUCCCGGAACCGCUCGGUAUGUUAGCUCUUCGGAACACCCAGAUAACAUCCGGUGGUCUUGCAAAUGGCGUACUGUAUUCGCUGGCUAAUGUUUCCACGAUAAUCCUAGACAACAUCCACGUGCGAGUGAUCCAGAAGGACAUGUUCCAGGCUUCCACCAAGGUCACACAUAUCUCAAUGAAGAAUAAUCCCUUCAUCGCCCUCCCCGCAGACAUGUUUGAUAAAACUACCUCCCUGACGACCCUUGAAAUCUCCGGGAUAGAUUGGGUCUGCACCUGCCCGAACCUGUGGAUCUGGAGUUUCCUAUCCACACACAACGUUUCCCUGACCGGAGACAUCGUGUGUGCAAGCCCCACGGCUAAUUUAAGAGCUGCCGAGUACUACAAACAGCAAUGUGAUACAACAUCAGCCUGCGGGGACGACACGGGUGUUGUCAUUGGUACCUACUGUUACGUCAUUUCCGAUAUCGUGUUCCACGGGGUACUGUUGAUUACAUUUAUCAUCGCUCUGAUAGCCUUCGCCAUGACCGUCCACCUCAAACGGCAGACAGGCGACCAGAAACCAGGCGGCAGACCGAAAAGGGGUGACCGGAAAGCGAGCGGAAGUACCUGGAAAAAGGUUGGCGGAUCCAAGAAAGGCGAACCCAGGAAAGGCGAAUCGAUGGCUUAACGCACACUUUGCUCGAGUGGUAUCAAACUUUCAAACAUUUUUCGUGGGCAGGAGGUUCUGUCUUCAAUUAUUCAAUUGAAUGCUUUUAAGACUGGCAAGCACAAUGAAUUUAAUUCUAAGUAAUGGCAUAUAAAAACGAAACAGUUUUUUUUUAAUGGAUCUCAGUUGUUCAUUAAACGUACGGCAGAAAGAACUACAUUUCUUUGCGGCUUUAUCAAAACUUUGAAUGUGAAUACAGUGAACAAGUUAUUGAUUUUUUUCCUACACACUUUAACAUCGGUCGGACGAUAAAAAGAUAUGGUGUUUCAUGUUCAUGAAUCCGGAAACGUGUUAUGUUAAAUCAAACACGUUUUUAGUAUGUUACAAUAAUACUGACAUGCCUCCACACUCUGUCCCUCCAGCCUUCGCCCAAAUAGGUCCUUCGUUAUACUUUGUUAAUGACAUUAAGUCAAUUGGCUGAUGUUACGAAAUGAGCGAAAUGCUCACGUGAGAUAUUUAUUCCGCACUAAUGCCAAAUUGUUUAAAAAAUCGAAUAAGAUUAUCAUUAUCAUUUAAUAAAAUCGCAAAGUUUCUUUA